AUUGUGUGGACUGUUGCUGCCAUGAAUUAUUGCAACUUGAUCUGGUUGUUGCUUGUUGCAAACUUGGUCUAUGGAAGAAGAGUGGAAGAAAGUCUUUUAAACUAUAUUGGACCUCAAAAGCCUCCUGCUGGUCAAGUUGACACGAUGCAGUUGCUUGUGAAUCGAGACUUGCCGCAGUACAGUAACAGCAAAGGAUUCAUAUUGUAUGAAAUAAGCUCAAGAGCUUGGCUUUAUGAAUUGAAAGAAAAAUAUGGCACGCGUAUCAAUUCUUUGGCAGACGUUCCUCUAUCAGAAUUUUAUGAACUGAAGGCUGGAGGAGUAGAUAUGGUCUGGAUGCAAGGAAUAUGGAAAAUUGGAAACUAUGGUGUACAACUCGAUCGUAAGGAUCCAAAGAGUCGGGAGAAUUUUCUAGAAAAGUUGCCUGAUUGUACUGAUGCCGAUAUCAUUGGAUCGCCAUAUGCUGUUGUAGAGUAUUCAGUCAAUGAUGAGCUUGGCGGAGACCGUGGGCUCAAGGCAUUGAGAGAAAAACUAAAGGCAGCGGAUUUGAAACUUAUGCUUGAUUUUGUUCCCAACCAUAUGGCAGUCGACUGUGUUUGGUCCAACGAUUUGUCAAAGAGGGAAUUUUUUAUACUUGCACCUUUAGAAGAACGAGCCAAUCCUUCACCUGAUCUUUACCUACCUGAUGGUAGAGCUUACGGGAGAGACCCCUAUAGUGGAGCUUGGAAAGACUCUGCGCAACUCAAUUACUGGAAUCAAAGUUUAAGACAGGCCAUGAUGGACAAUUUGAUGAAAGUUGCCAGUAUGUGCGAUGGCAUUCGAGUAGACAUGGCAAUGCUUAUCUUGAAUGAUGUUAUUGAAAAGACCUGGGGCGAUAUUUUGAGAAGGAAUCAUUAUAGUAGACCAGAAAAGGAGUUUUGGCAAGAAGCUAUACAGAAAUUGAGGUCGACAUAUCCUAAUACCAUCUUAAUGGCGGAGGUCUACUGGAACUUGGAUCAGCAACUUCAAGAUCUUGGCUUUGAUGCUACUUAUGAUAAGACAUUAUAUGAUAUUAUCUACAGUAAUAAUUUGGACAGUAUUCGUUCCUAUUUAAGCUCAAAAUCGGAACAAUUUUUGGCACAUAGUGCACAUUUUGUAGAGAACCACGAUGAGCCUCGUGCUGCAAAGUAUUUCGGAUCUCGGGCCAUAGCCAAUUCAGCAGCUUCGAUCAGUUUCACGUUGCCUGGUAUUCGCUUCCAAUUUCAUGGAGAGUGGCAAGGAAAGAAGAACCAGUUAGAUAUUCAUUUACGUCGAGCAGCAUGGGAACCAGAAGAUCCAGAGACGUUAGCAUUUUACUAUAAACUCAACCAAAUCCUAAGUCACGACAUAUUUCAUCAAGGAAAUUGGUCAUUUAUAAAUAUUGAAAAGGAACAACAACCAGAAGCUUGGAGAUUAAUGGCAUGGAAAUGGAGAUGGAUAGAUACCUCUGAUAAUAACAAAGUUGUUUAUCGCCUCGUUGUGAUAAAUCAUAGUGAUGGCAAUGGAGUUGGUUGCAUUCCUUUUGAUGAAGCAGUAUCAGAAAUGGAUAGCAUUGAAUUGGUGGAGCUCUUUACAGGUAGCUCAUAUCCCAAGAGUCGACAAAGUGACAAUAAGAUAUGUUUUGUUGUCGAACCUUGGUCUUUACAAAUCUUUGCCUAUUAAAUAGCAAUCCAUCUAUCCUAAUGAGAAACAGCUUACAGUUCUAUCUUAAGGUACAAACAUAUGG